UGAGAAGUGUGGAGACCUGGACUGCGGCCUGUCCUCGUUGCCUCCGACAGAAGCCUGGACCUGGGUUAAGAGCCCCCCUGGUGCCGAUCCCUACGUCCUACCCCUUUGAGGUAUUGGGAAUAGACUAUUUGUCAUUGGGAAGACCAGGGGACCCUUUCCCCUAUAUAUUGGUCAUGACUGACCUCUUCUCCAAGUAUGCCUUUGCAGUUCCAACAAAAGAGCAGUCCGCGACCACGACAGCCAAAGCCCUGUACAGUGCUGUGAUUCAGGUGGUGGGGUGCCCAGAAAGAAUUCUCUCUGACCGUGGGGGUGCUUUCCAGUCAGCGUUCUCUUUCAGAAGCUGAUCAGAACCACUGGCCACAGAGUCUCCCUGCAUUGCUACAGGCUUAUAAUAACACCACCCAUAGUUCCACUGGUAUGACCCCACAUUUCAUCGUAUUUGGCCGGCAUGCGCGCCUCCCAGUGGACUGGGUCGUAACUUCAUCCCCUCCCAAUUUAAGAUAUUCCCUGUCGGAUUGGGUGAAGCAACACUAUAGAACUCUGACACAAGCCUACAACGUGGUAAAGGCGAAUGUUCAGAGGCAACAACAGAAGGACCAGCGAAGGUACGAUCGACGGGCCAAGGUGGACUCACUUCUGCCAGGGGAACGUGUCCUCCCAAGGAAUUUUCGCAGACGUGCAAAGGGCAAGCUGGCACCGCGUUGGGGCCCGGAUGUCUGGGUGGUGGUAGCCCGACCUCGAGCGGAUCGACCCGUUUAUGUAAUCUGUCCAGAAGGCCAUGAAGGCCCCACUAAGACCAUCCACCGCAAUAAUCUGCGCUGUUGCCCAGUGAACAUAUCCAGAGAGGAUCCUUUGGAAGGGGAACCAUCUAUAAGCCAACCACAGCCCAUGUCCUGGUAUCCGGUCAUAGCCGCUCCACUCGUCCAUCAGCACCAGCUAACUGGUCAUACCUCCACCACCACUUCAGUCGUACCGAACCCAGAGGGAGGUCUGUUGUCUGCAGCUAGUGGAGUAGACCUAACGACACAGACCCCAAGCCCGUCAACCGAAGAGCCGACGGGCGAACUGGAACACCGAGCACCGCCUGAAACCGUGUCCUGUCUGCCAAGCCUCCCUAUGAUGAGUCCAACGGGUGGGGCAGUAAGGCGGUCACAAAGAUCCACCCGGGGGCAGCCCCCAACCAGGUACAGGAACAUAUAG